AUGACACCAGGUUUAUUUAAAUCGUUUUCGAAACUGGCAAAAGAGGCGGAAAACGAGGAAAACGAUGUAGUAAACGGAACUAAGGAAAUCAAUGAAAACAAUUUCCAAUGCAAAGUGGGAGUCGGCGGUGAGGCCUGUGACCGGUGCUUGGCCGGGUAUUUUGGCUUUGGAGACGCCGGGUGCAAGCCGUGCUCCUGCGAGCUGACGGGUACAGUAGAUGGAAAAUUAGCAUGCGAGCCGGAGACCGGGAAAUGCCAGUGCAAGGCCCAUGUGGAGGGGGAUCGAUGUGAGAAGUGCAAAGAGGGAUUCAUCGGAUUGUCGUGCGAGAACCCACUCGGUUGCUCCCCUUGUCUCUGCAACAAUCAACCAUGCCAGUCAGUUGAGGGAUACUACGUGACAGAGAUCACCUCAAAGUUUGACCAAGGGAAAGACUCGUGGAAAGCGAGUUUCGUCGACGAGUCGACAGCUGAAGAUCUACCGCUGAGAUGGGUGAAAGAGGAAGAAGCGAUUGCUGUCCAUUCGGUGCCAAACGGGGACCCGAUCUAUUUUUUGGUCCCGGAAAAGUUCACCGGUAACCAAUUGCCCUCCUACAAUCAGUGGUUGUCAUUCGAGUUCCGGAUCGCGAAAGAUGGCGGGAAAACGGGACCAAAUGACAUUUUGAUUCUUGGAGCUGACGGUAAGAAUAUCAGCUUCCCACUGACAGCUCAACAGAACCCGAAGCCGACAAAGGAAUUUCAACAAUAUCGAUAUCAUCUGCAUUACGCGAAAGUCGAUGAGGCUUUUCUCCCAUUGCAAACGAUCGCCUCUGGCUUGCUUUCGGCGUUGAAACCGAUAAUGUCGAUCACAGGGAAAAUGAAAGAAAUCCCGAAAAUACCCAUGGAAACGACGCAUUUCGGAAAAGAGUACGAAUUCUUGAGAAUUCUGCAAAAUGUUGCUUCUUUGAAGAUUCGGGGAACCUAUUCGAGUGGAGAUAUUGGAUAUUUGAGGAGCUUUUCUCUCGGCUCAGCUUCUCAGGAUCUCCCAACUUUGUCGAAUCCCCAAAAAGCCGAUUGGAUCGGGCAGUGUGCGUGCCAGGAGAACACAGCCGGAGAGUUUUGCGACACUUGUGCCUCGGGAUAUCGAAAAGUUGCGCAAAAGCAUUUCUUUGAGUGCACCGAAUGCGAAUGCAAUGGGCACACGGAAAAGUGUGAUCCGGAAAAUGGUCAUUGCUGGGAUUGCAACGAUGGCUCGAUUGGUGAUCACUGUGAUCGAUGUGAUCGGGGGUACUUUGGGAAUCCGCUAAUGGUCAAUGGGACAAUGAUGGGUUGUCAGAAAUGCCCGUGCUCGGAUGGAGUGAGUUGUGUCCAGGAUUUGAACGAGAAGCCGAUUUGCCUCACCGAG